UGAGAACAACAGGCAAAGGGAAGACGCGCUUUAAUUCAAGCCUCAAUGAGACCGUCUCUCCCGGCCACCCUCUACUUGAGUUAAUAAAACACUCUCUCUCUACCUCAAAGAGGGCCAGAAUAGUGCGACACAAUACAAAGGACGUUCAAAGGGCCUCUCUCUUUCUCAAUCUCAGAAAAUAACGGAAGAAUAAGAAUUCAAUGUCUUCUUUGGGGAAUUCCAACAAUAUAUUUUGGCAAGAAUGUCCUGUUGGGAAGUUGGAAAGGCAAAAACUAAUUAACCAGAAGGGAUGUGUUGUAUGGAUUACAGGUCUCAGUGGAUCAGGGAAAAGCACACUGGCAUUUUCGCUAAAUAGACAAUUGUAUUCUAGGGGGAAGCUGUCCUAUGUGCUUGAUGGGGAUAACCUUAGGCAUGGACUGAACAAGGAUCUUGGUUUCAGUGCUGAAGAUCGAACUGAAAAUAUAAGGAGGGUUGGGGAGGUGGCAAAGCUCUUUGCAGAUGCUGGUAUGAUAUGCAUUGCUAGUCUGAUAUCACCAUACAGAAAAGACCGGGAUGCUUGCCGUGCAAUGUUGCCAGAUUCAAAUUUUAUUGAGGUUUUCAUGAACACUCCUCUAUCAUUGUGCGAGUCAAGAGAUCCUAAAGGCCUUUACAAGCUUGCACGUGCUGGAAAGAUCAAAGGUUUUACCGGCAUAGAUGAUCCAUACGAACCACCUUUGCAAUGUGAGAUAGAAUUACAGCAGAUAGAUGGAGUCUGCCCCACACCAACUGCUAUGGGUGGGCAAGUAGUGUCUUACUUGGAAGAGAAAGGAUACCUGGAAGAUCAGUGAUGGACUCCACCAAUUCUGCUCUGUCUGUGUCAUAACGAGUCACUCAGUUCGAGGAUCUCAUCUAAAUAAUAACUCGAACCAGUCUUUAUCUGCAUCAACACCUCCUGGCUACCCAUAUGGCUUUUGGCAGAUUCUAAUUGCAUAGUUUCUAAUUGUGUUUGAAAGCAUGGACUCAUGCCAGGCUAAUUUAUUUUGGUUUUCAAGAUUGACAGAGUUUAGAGAACCUGGCAGGAUGUUGAAUCUGUACACUGUUUCUUUAGGUUCAUACCCAACCGUUCCCAUAGACAAACUCUCUUUCAGAUUCCAUGUCCUCCCAAAUAAACGUGAACUUAUUUUCUUAAGAAAAAUACUUGCAAAAGUUUACAAAAACAAUUUA